AUGUAUCCCCAUCACAUCAGGUGUGCCCAUCAGAGUGCUCCUUUACAUCAGUUGUCCCCAUCAGAGUGCCCCUUUACAUCAGUGCCCCCUUACACUCAAAGUACCCCUUUCCAUCAUAUUUCCCCAUCAGAGUGCCCCUUUACAUCAUAUUCCCCAUCAGACUGCCCUUUUCCAUCACAUGUGCCCAUCAGAGUGCCUUUCCACAGUAUGUGCGCAUAUGUGCCCCCUUAACAUAAAAUGUGACCAUCAGAGUGCCCCUUAACAUAAAAUAAGCAGCAUGCUGAUGGGCACAUUUUAUGUCAAGGGGCACUCUUAUGGAUACAAUUGACGCUAAGGGGCAAUCUGAUGGGCACAUUCUAUGUUGUGGCCAUCAGUGUGCUCCUUAACAUUAAAUGUGCCUAUCCCCAUUACACUUUAACAUUAAAUGUGUCCAUCAAGGUCCCCCAGAGUAAAA